CCCGGGGGCGGGACCGGCGACGCGGGCCGCGGAGCUCAGACGUCGACUGCGGGGAUCCGAGCGGUCGGGGUCGGCGCCCCGAGACUGAGGCCGAAGGGGGCGCGCGCCGCUGGGAAGUGCCGGGUUUGGGGGCGCGCCUGCAUCGCUGGCCGCCCAGUGCCUCUCAGUUGCGCACAGGCAGAGCCGCCGGGGUCGGAGCGCAGGGCUCCGGCCAGGUCCGCCUUCUCGCCCGCCGCGUCCUGCGAGCGACCCUGGAGUCUGCAUCCAGAUGCCCACCUGGCUGCCACAGGGGAUCCCUCUGGGAGACUGAAGUGCAGGCUCGCAGGCCUAGGUUGAGGCCACCCAGUCCUUAGGCCAGGGGAAUGGCAGCACCCCGGGAGCCUCAGGAUGAGGCCCCUGGGGAGGGAGAAGGGCUGCUGAUCGUGAAGGUAGAAGAUUCCUCGUGGGAGCAGGACUCUGCCCAGCAAGAAGACAGCAGGGAUUCCGAGGCCUGCCGCCAGCGCUUUCGGCACUUUUGCUACAGGGAUGUGGGCGGGCCCCAUGAGGCCUUCAGCCAGCUCUGGGAGCUGUGCUGCCGCUGGCUGCGGCCCGAGCUGCGCACCAAGGAGCAGAUCCUGGAGCUGCUGGUGCUGGAGCAGUUCCUGAGCGUGCUGCCCGGAGGCGUCCAGGCCCGGGUGCGGGAGCGGCGUCCAGGGAGCGGUGAGGAGGCCGUCGCCUUGGUGGAGGUCCUGCAGAAGCAGCCGGUGAAAGCAUGGCCGCAGGACGUGCCCUCAGAGGAGGUGGGAGCCGAGGCCACAGUCCAGGGACCCCCCGCCAAGGGGCUCCCCGUGAAGGUGGGGGCACGAAGCUGGCCACCUGCACUCUGGGAGCAGCACAGUCGUGGCGCCCAGCUUCCUGCUCUUAAAGAGGGGAGUAGCAGAGAGAAAACCGAUACCGGCUGCGCCUCUGAUGGCCAUGGACUUGUGACGUUUGGAGACAUUCCCUUCUAUUUCUCCCGGGAAGAAUGGGGGUCCUUGGACCCUGCUCAGAGGGAUCUCUUCUGGGACAUAAAGCGCGAGAAUUCUCGGAAUGUUGCCCUGGCUCUGGUCCCAGAACCCGGUGGAACUGAAGAGGCCGCCCCGUCUCGGCUUGCAGGUUUGGGGCUCAAGAGCCAAAGUGAGCAAUCCCGGCUGGAGGAGGCCGGGGCGGCGCCCCCGGGCCAGGCCGGCGGUGGCGGGGCCCGUGGCGGCGACGUGACUGUGUCCUGGAGCCCCGAGGAGGCCGACACGUGGCGGAGCGAGGCCCGGCCCGGCGCGCCCCUGGGGCGGGCGGCGGGGGCGCGGAGGGGGCGGCCACCCACGCGCCGGAGGCAGUUCCGGGACCUGGCGGCCGAGAAGCCGCACAGCUGCGGCCAGUGCGGCAAGCGCUUCCGCUGGGGCUCCGACCUGGCGCGCCACCAGCGCACGCACACGGGCGAGAAGCCGCACAAGUGCCAGGCGUGCGACAAGAGCUUCCGCAGCUCCUCGGACCUGGUGCGCCACCAGGGCGUGCACACGGGCCAGAAGCCCUUCUCCUGCUCGCAGUGCGGCAAGAGCUUCAGCCGCAGCGCCUACCUGGCCGACCACCAGCGCAUCCACACGGGCGAGAAGCCCUUCGGCUGCAGCGACUGCGGCAAGAGCUUCUCGCUGCGCUCCUACCUGCUGGACCACCGGCGCGUGCACACGGGCGAGCGGCCCUUCGGCUGCGGCGAGUGCGACAAGAGCUUCAAGCAGCGCGCCCACCUCAUCGCCCACCAGAGCCUGCACGCCAAGAUGGCCCAGCCCGUGGGCUGAGGGCGGGGAGGGCCGGGAGGGCAAGGGGCCCGCACGCCUCCCUGCGUGUCCACCUGCGGGCGUGGGCGGCGGCCACCAG